AUGGCCGGCAGCGGCUCCCGUCGGUCCGCGGCCCCAAGCCCGCGGCCGCAGCCGCUGCCCCGGAGCCAGUGCUUCGCCCCGGAGCCGUCCGUGAUGGCCAAGGGCGUUGGGGCAGGUGUGACCAGCAUUUCCAGAUAUGACGUCAACUGGGCCUUAGAAGAGGUUCAGUCCCCGCCCCAGCAGUUCAGCAACUCUGGGUCACUCCAGCAGGCCCUGGAUACGUUUAGGAACCUCCUGCUGGCCAUCGGUCUGGACAGCCAGGCCGGGUGCCUCAACGCCGAGUUGGUCGAUCGCAUGUUCGUUGAUUUCUUAGAUGAGCUGGAGAGUAGCAUCAGCCAGGAGGAGAGGCAGAGCGCCAGCGACAGCAACAAGCAGUGGAGGGACUGGGUGGCCGAGUUAGGCAUGGAGGCAGGGAGGCCCAGUCACCUGCUGCAGGCUGAGGCAGGUAGGUUGCAGGAGCUGUGGCAGUCCUUAUCUCACGAAGGACAGUACGUCAACCCCGUUAUGCACACGGGCACGAUCAUGUGGGAUUUAAGCAACUUUUACGAGCAUGUGGACAGAGAGGACCUGUACCAGAAAGCGCUCCACAACAAGUUCAGCACCCACAUUUUAUCGGUCAUUAUCAAUCAGCAUAAGUCUAGAAGGUUAGUGUCGUUCUCGUCUAUGGUCACCGACGUGGGCUACACCACCAGGGGCAUCCCAGCAGGCGACAGCUUCGCCACUUACCUCGUUCAAAUUUAUUGCAUCAACGAACUAGACGCCUGGCAGUCUCAGCACAGUAUGGUGCAGCUGAGCGUCUUCAUCGACGACUUCCUCCAGCAAGCUCAAAGCAGUUCUAUGCUGACGGUGCUGACAAACCUGACAGAUGCAGCCCAUGACAUGCGACAGGUGAUCGAGUUAGACCUACAGUGCUCUGUGGCCGAUCACAAAUCAGUAGUCCUUGCGUCUUCCGAGAAGUUGCAGUUGCAGAUAGUCAAGGCCCUUGGAACCAAAGGCGGACAGGCACUAGACUCGGCAGCCAACUUAGGCAUCGACUACAGCGCUGGGCGCAGCAGAAUGUACAAGAAGUACAGGCCUACAGCAAUAGGACGGCACGCAAAGCUGCGCAAGCGCCUCUUCAAACUCAACAGCCUUCGAGAAGGAGGGGCUAACAUCAGUAAGCUGUACUCAGGCCUCGUGGCCCCCGUCGCCACGGGCGCCCGCCGGCCCGGCGGCGCCCCGGGGGCCCUGGACGUCGCAGUCGCCCCGAGAGGAGGGGUGCCCGACGACGCAGGUGAGCUCGGCCAGGAGGCCCUGGGUGGGCGAGCUGGUCCAGGGCGACUCCGACGACGAGGGGUCCGAGGAGUCCCAGUCCACCGAGGACACGGACUCGCCGAGAUCGGACGGGCCCGGCUGGCAGGCGGGGCCCCUGUGGCGCGCGGCGAGCUCGCCGAGGCUGCUCGGCGCAGCCGCGGGCGAGCUGGGCACUGGGCUGGGGGCCGCGAUGAGAUCGCCCAGGAUGGACUUCUCCGAGCCGCCCUUCGCGAGCGACGACUGGAAGGGCGACAAGGAGGCCGUGACCGUCCCGCCGCUGGAGGGCGACGGGGAGGCGCGCGCGGGUGGGCGGGGUCGCGGCCGCGGGCGCACCGCCGUUGCUCGCCUCUCCGCCCAUGGGCUGCUUUCUGGU